GACCUUCAAAGCAGAGGCUGUGGCCUGUUCCGCUUGUGCUGGCCCUGGCGAUGAUUGUCGAUGCCACUCCUGACCCUGCCACUUUGAUCUCCCACAUCUUCUCCAACAAAUCCAGUUCACCUGAGUCUUCUAAUCCUUUGUCCAUGAACUCAUGCAACAGGAAGAUGGGUAUAAUUGUGUCGGCCAGCAAGGUUGAUCACAACAAUCCCAACUGCUUGAAGAAUAUGGUGGACUACAUGGCAACUGCAAUGAAUAACAAUGAUCGUCUUUUUGUGGCCACCUUCAUGGCCAUCUACCCAAAGUAUGCCACUACCUGGGAAGUGCUGGACAUGGUCAUGAAACGGUACCCUUCUUUCCAGUGUGAUUGUAAGAAGGACCAGAAAGACAGGAGGGCCAUAGCCUACUUCCUGGAAUUCUGGAUGGAAAAUUUGCCACAAGAUUUUUGUGAGUCUCCGGACUUAACCAUGCUGAACCACCUGAAGACGUACGUGAGCCUGAACAUGGCUUCCUCACACCUGACCGCCUGUGUCCAGCUGCUUCUGUCACUGCUGGAGAACGCAGGACAUAAGAAUCAAAGUCCCAAGGACAAAGAGGACUGUGGUUUCAGCUUUCCCAGCACAGGAAGUUCUGUGCUCCAGGCACUGGAUGAUCUAUCAGAUAUGCAGGAAUCUCUGGAGCUAAGACCAGCUUCCUCAGAAGUGUUCCCAAAAGAGCUGUCACCAGAAGAAGAGCUGGUGGAACCCGUGAGCCUGGAGCCACCUGUGACAGCAGCAGCCACCUGUGACAGCAGCAGCCAGUGUGAACCUGGGGACACGUGUGUCACAGGCUGGAGGCAGGGGAUCCAGCAGCAGUGCUCAUAAACCCAGAUAUCCCCGCCACAGCCAAGCCAGUGCCUCAUCCCGCUGCUGUGGGUCUGGAGCAGCCUCGGCCCACGCUAGUUAACACACAGCGAGCUCCUGCUAAGGCUGCACACUACUGUUACCUGAGCAGGAAGCUGGACGGGCAGCCCGGGGACCGCACUCCUGUUUGCCCUCUUCCUGCUGUGUGCAUUUAGUUCUGCCUGGCCUCUGUUGAAAGGUGACAGCCGGAGCACUAGAGCAGAGCUUCCCCUCCCCAGGGCACGCAUCCCUUUAACAUUUGAUUGUUUGUGUUUUAAUUAUUCAGUAGUAGUUUAAGAAUUAACAUCAA